CCUGUCCCAACUACCACUUCAGUCAUGACCCAGACUAUCAUCGAAAGGUCGGUAUCUUUGACGGUCCUACCGAACCUCCGUCCCUUGUGAUCUGCAUAGGAUGAUUUUGGACUUUCAGCACCUUUAUGCCUUCUCAACGUGAUAGAGAUACCAAGAUGAACGAGCUCGGGUCAAACAAGGAUUUUUUCCAGCCGGGUGGACACUUCUUUUACUCAGUCCAAGUCGGACCUGGGGUUGUUGUGACGCCGACAACUUAUCUGGGCGACAAGAGUGAUAUAUCGACUUCCUCUCAACUUCUCUCAACUUCAGUUCUUCAUUUUUUUAUCGCCUUCUCAAAGACCAAUCGAGUGUACCUGCACCACAGCGCGAGAAGCCAACAAUGAGCAGUAAUUCCGCUGCGACCAACCAGAAGGAUGUCCUUGUCAUCGGGGCUGGCCCUGGGAAUCUUGCACUGGCACAAAUCCUGAGGAAACAUGACAUUCCAUUCCAAAUCUUUGAGCGUGAUGAUAAGAUUGAUCCUCGCCGUCAAGGAUGGUCAUUUGCCUUGAUUGAAGCGCUGCACGAGCUACCGCCGCUGAUCUCAGAUGAUCUCGGUGACAUUCACACGACGAGCGUAAAUCACAACAUUGGAGUCAACAAAGACACCAUGACGAUCGUCCAAGCAGCGUCUGGCCAGAUCAUGGCUGUUCUGGGGAAUCGCCUCCCCGACGAACCGGGACAUCUCAUCAGGGGCGAUCGUCAACGUUUGCGUGAGUACUUUUCUCAGCAUCUUGACCUGCAGGUCGGCAAGAUCUUCUCACACUACGAGGAGGACGCGGAAGGGGUCACGGCGUUUUUCACCGACGGUACUUCCGCCCGAGGCUGUAUGCUUGUUGGCGGUGAUGGACUUCGUUCCAAAGUCCGAGAACAACUUUUGGCAGGCUACACCGAACCCGACGCCGCCAAACUCGAGCCGAGCCAAUGGAUUCCCAUAUUCGGACAAUGCGAGUUGUCGCGAGAGCAAUUUGAACCAAUACACGACUUCUCCUCUGCAGGUAUUUUGGCCGCUGGACCAACGAUACGAUAUAUGAUUGGACCCAGGGAGAUCCAAGCCGAUAGAUCUUCUGCCUCUUACUACUGGGCGGGAGCCUAUGCCAGCCAGGGCGAAACUCAGAGCGAAUGGGCAGCAGAAGCGGAGUGGGUUCAGAAUGCAACCAGACAGGAAUUGUUCGACAGGAGCAAGAAACUGACCGAGAACUUUGCACCGUUUCUGACCAAGAUAAUCGACUACACGGGAGUCGAAGGUAUGCUCACCCGGCCACCUCGAUUCAUCGAGUACGUGUCACCCAGACAGCUCCCUCGUGGCCGAGUCACCCUCCUCGGCGAUGCUGUUCACACGAUGGUCCCAUUUCGUGGGCAGGGGGCAAACACCGCCAUCCGUGAUGCCUGUGACCUGGGUAGGUUGUUGAUCAAGGCAGGUGGUGUCCCCCAGGCGCCCGAGGAUCUGUUGCAGGAGUAUGCUAGCAACAUCUUGCCCAGAGGUCGGGAGAUGGUUCUCUCAAGUCGAGCUUCCGGCCAGCAGCUUCAGGGCGUCUUGGCCGCGACCAAAGGACGUGUGGAUACCUUUGUGGGUGCAGGAAGUCCUCCGUCAGGUGUUAUUCCUCUGGCUGGAGCUCACGCCUGAGAGCAGGCCAUCGGCAAGAUGAAGCCAUGAAGUCGUUCAAUCUACC